AUGUGUGGCCGAAGCGCUGAUACUAGCGAUGGCGUGCAAGAAAAUGGAUGUUCUGGAGCUGAUACUCGACUUAUGCUUGUCGAGACAACUAAGUCUACUGUAGACGAGUACAUUGCGCGGGCGCUAUCCAAGCCUGAAGUGGCGUCCAAGACUGAAAUGGUCAAACUGAUACUCGAUAAGUGCCCAGAUUUUGAUGCGGGCCACCAUCUAAUCGAUGCCGUGAUCACGGAUAACCCUGGGUUGGUUGGCGUGUUGGUCAAGUCAAGUAGUCGGGAGCUCAAAAUGGACGCUCUGGUUGAAGCGACAGCAAACGACCGACUAGAGAGUUUUAAAGUUGUUCUUGCCUGCUGCGACCAAGAUACGAUUACAUGCGCACUGCCGCGACUGGGUGUAGAUGGAACCUCCGAGGCGUCAAAGCAGCUACUGAAGCACAAGGAGCACAGCGUUCGCGAGGCUAUCUUCGCCAAUGCUGCCGCAAGUGGGUUUGUUGUACCAAUCGAGGCGCUGAUAAACGAGAUGGAUUCUUGCAGCAUCACUCGUGCCUUGGCAUGCGCUGCUACGCGAGGACAUACCGAGGUGGUCGAAGUUUUGUCAAAGAGAAGUGAUCCAACCAACAUCCAUUAUGCACUCCUGGUUGCAGCGAUGGAAGGACGUGUGGGUGUUGUUGAGUUGCUUCGGGACCAAUGUGAUGAAAUGAGUAUCAGUGAAGCUCAAGAGAGAGAGACGAUGGCUGGCUUCACUGAUGUAGUGCACGUUUUGAUGAACAAGAGGCGUCGAUUGGCGUUGUAG